GGUUCUGAAUCAAGUAUAUCAUCAGUAGUUAGAAGGAUGAAAAAAUAUAAUAUCCAAUCUCAAGAUAUGCCAGAAAUUCCAGAAGAAGGUAUGUCAGAUAUAGAUGAUAAUAGAGACAGUGAAGAUAAUCGUCUAAUAGACCAAAGCACCAUCUCUUCAGAAAAAGAAUCCUGCAAAAGAUUUAGUAAAGAUAUCUCUGAAAAUAAAUUGUCCAGUAAGAAAGUAAAGACUAAAGACAGAAAUUUAUCUAUAUUAAAAAAACUUAUUAAGGAGCUGAAAUCGUCAAGUUCUUCAACAAGUAAUACCACUUCUUGGGCUAAAUCUAUUACAAGCCCAA